AUGACAAAGUCAUAUGAAGCUGUUGAUCAAACUUAUCAAUUGAAUAAUCAGAGUUCUCAAAAAAUCAAGUCUACAGGAACUAGCAUCCAACCCACCACAAACGAUUUUUCCCCAACUCUUAUGUCAGAUGAUUACAUGAACCACUGCAUAUUCGGGAAUAACUAUUUAUUCGAGAGCACUUCAUCUUCCUUCGGAUUACAAACUCCGGCUUCAAAUGGUAAUUUGAGCACUUCGGAGCAGCCCCUACAUUUAUAUCAAGCGACGACAUUAAAUGAUUGGAACAAUUCACUAGUAUCAAUUGACAACAAUAAUGAUUUGACUUUAUUAAUCUCAAAUGAUAAUUCGAGCACUUUAUUUCCAUAUUACAUGGAAACGUUAAGCCACACAGACAUUUUUUAA